UAACUAGCACCUGUGUUUACCUAGCAGCUACUAACUAGCACCUGUGUUUAUAGCAGCUUCAUGAGAUGGUGGUUGCUACCCACCUAGCAACUACCAGAAACUGGUAAUAGUUACCAGUUGUUUUCUUGGCUGUCUCGAAAUUGUUUCUUUUUUCCCCGCAAAACUGCAAUGGAAACAGGUUUUCCGAUCUCACGAAGACAACAGGAUAGUUGAGUUAAGUUAUUUUAAUAACUUGAAUGAUUUUGAUUGAGUUUACAAUUCAAUUCUAAUACCGUAGUUGCGAAAUCAUGUUUCUUUUCGACAGUGGAGGAAUAUAAACGAAGUUUUGCGUACAUUUGUACAGUGACCGCAGAGAUAAAUUGUCUCCGUUUCUCUUUAAAUUGUGACCCAAACACAUCAGAAAAACUUUUGGAAAUGUUGCAAACUUUCCACCUGAAGCUAAUUGUAGCGGGCCAAACAGCUUAAAAUGAAAACAGUGGUUUCAUUUGUCAAAGAAACGCCAGCGUAUAGGUUCGGCGGCUCCGUUCGGGUCCCAGCCAGGAGUCACCAGCAGACCUCUUCACCGACGCCCACACACACUCCCUCCAGCUGACUGGCGCCAUGGCAACCAGCAGAGCCAUCCGGGUCCUGUGUGUGUGUGUGUGAGAGAGAGACCAGAUCUAGCUGCCGCGUGCGGGUCCCGCCGGACGGUCCGGGUUGGACCCAGUUGGAUGUGGACGGUACCUUGAUCAGGACCCGCUUCCUGUUCCCACCUCCAGCCCUGUGGAGGGAACAAUGAGGCGCAGCAGGACGCUAACAGGUGUCCGCCAUCAGCUGGAGGAGGAGGGCCGAACCGGACCGAACAUGUGGCCCGUUCGGCUCCACUAGCAGAGUCUUCCUCACGGGAGGAAGAGUGGGAGGCGCUGGCUGACAUCCCCCACGGGACCGGGCCGAGCGAACAGGUGUGUCCCGGUACCAGCCUCCCGAACCGAGCCGGGGAGUUUCACCGCAGCUGGUGCGUAAAUACCAGAGAGGAGGAGGGUCCAAAUUGACUAGUCGGAACAAAUUCACGGGUUAGAUUUUUUUUUUUAAUUAUUAUUUUUUAUAUCUACAUAUUUCCCGGCUUUGGACGGACUUGCAGUUUCGUCGGAGACAUUUCCAAAAGUGGGUCAUCUGGUCAUUUCACUAUGACAACGAGAAAAUCCGCCGGUGCUGCUGGAGACGUGGAUCCCAUCUCCACCAGCAGCAGCACCGGUACCAGCAGGCUGCCGACCCAGACCCAGCAGAGCAGCCGGAGUCCCGUUGGAAGCGACCCGGUUCCGGGCGAGGCGCCGGAGAUGGUCGGGGAAUUCCGGGACUGGUGCCUGAAAACGUACGGAGACUCCGGGAAGACCAAGACCGUGACCCGGCGCAAGUACGACAAAAUCCUCCAGACGCUGCUGCAGGAGGGCGAGGAGGACGGCGGCCAUCAUCACAUCAACGCCAAGUUCAAAUUCUGGGUCAGGUCCAAGGGCUUCCAGGUGGGCCGAACCGGGUCGGACGGACCGGUGCUGUACGUUCCCAUCAAGGCAACGUGUGUGGACGGCGUGUCGGGCGGAGACCCGUCCCUGAAGCGCGUGGCAGUGGUGGAGGAUUUCUUUGAUAUAAUUUACGCCAUGCACGUGGAGAUCGGCACCGAUCCGGGAAAAACUCCCAAACACGCCGGCCAGAAGAAGACCUACAGAGCCAUCGCUGAGACGUACGCCUUUCUGCCCCGGGAGGCCGUGACUCGCUUCCUGAUGAGCUGCGGCGAAUGUCAGAAGAGGAUGCACAUCAGUACCGCCGGACAGGAUUACAAAGAGAACGACAGACCCAGCUCUCUGGUUUCAGACGUCAUCGACUUCAACGUUCCUCUCACCACCACCUACAUGAAGCAGAUGAAGCUGCACUUCCUCAACAACAAGGAUGACAGUUCACUGAGCAGUGAGGAGGAGGCAGAGAUGAGCGAGCCCACGUGGCUAGCAGCUGAUCUGGGCGCGGUGUCGGACCUGAGCCCGGCCAGCCGCACGGAGAGGAUCCGCCACAGUCCCCAGGACAUCCACAGCAAGGACGACGACGCAGAUGAUUCAUCGUCAGAAAGCGGCAGCGGUAACGGCCUGCCUGCCCUGACUCCACCCUCCUCUGCUGUGACGGACGGCGCCAUCGUCAGGGAAACCGAGGUCGUUAACGGCGGCGGCUCGGCGCCACUGGACUUCAGCAGGCCGACCUCGUCCUCCUCGUCGUCGGAGGACCAGCAGGCGGGGAACCUGAGCGAACGCCUGCCGCUGCCUACCUCACACCUUCCCAUCACCGUGUCGGCCGCCGCCGCCGCGCUGCUGGGCGCGCUGCACCCCAACGCGCCCGAGGAGCUGCGCAGGAAGUACCCGCUGGCCGCCAAGCCGCCGCAUUCGGCGCUGCCGCACGCACACGGCACACACACACCGACACACACCGCCGAGCUGCGACUGGACCGGGACGGCCGGGACUACGGCAACAAGUCCCCUCAGUACGGCUCGGGGGGAAGCUACGACAGCAUUAAGACGGAGCUGAGCGCAGAGGACCUCACCAUGGGCCGCCACGGCAACCAGGUCGCCCCCGACGACGACGACGAUGACCACGACGACCAUGACGACAACGACAAGAUCAACGACACGGAGGGCGUCGACCCUGAGAGAUUAAAGGCCUUCAAUAUGUUUGUUCGCCUGUUUGUGGAUGAGAACUUGGACCGAAUGGUUCCGAUCUCCAAGCAGCCCAAGGAGAAGAUCCAAGCCAUCAUCGAGUCCUGCAGCAGACAAUUCCCAGAAUUCCAGGAACGCGCCCGCAAGCGCAUUCGCACCUACCUCAAAUCCUGCCGACGCAUGAAGAAGAACGGCAUGGAGACCCGCCCGACUCCACCUCACCUGACCUCGGCCAUGGCUGAGAACAUCCUGGCCGCCGCCUGCGAGAGCGAAUCCCGCAACGCCGCCAAGAGGAUGCGCCUCGAAGCUUUCCACGAUGAGCAGGUAUCUCUGGAAAAGCCGUCCGGCGGCGGCGCCGCCCUGAGGGACCCCGUGUCUCUCGCUCACUCUGCCUACUCCUUGGCUGCAUCAGCCUUCCCCUCCCAGGACUCGCAGCUCUACAUCAACGGGGCCGGACUCAGCUACGGUUACCGUGGUUACCCGGGCCUGAGCGCCGCCAUUCAGCACCCCGUCUCCCUGACGACCGGCGCCACCACUCAGAGCAACGGUCCCACAGACCUCAGCAUGAAGUCGCUCUCCUCCACCAACACCAACUGCUCCUCUUCCACCACCACCAACAACCUCAGCGGGCGCGGAGGCGGCGGCGGCGGCGGUGGAGGGGGCGGGGCAUCCACACAGCUCAGCCAACCAGAGAUCACGGCCGUGCGCCAGCUGAUCGCCGGUUACCGGGAGUCGGCAGCCUUCCUGCUUCGCUCGGCCGACGAGCUGGAAAACCUCAUCCUGCAGCAGAACUGAGGGAAACCGUGGGAGACGACACACACACACACACACACACACACACACACACACACACACCUCAUGUAAUGCUUGUUUAGUGUCUGCUUCGCCUGUGAUGAACUCCAGACCUCCUCUACUGUCGUCCCACCUGUGAUUCGGAUUCAGUGGAAUAAAAACAGAAACAUUCUCCCCACAUCUAAACGGACCGACUCUGCAUGUGGGAAUUCAUUUUUUUAUUAUUUUUUUUUUGUUUUGAGGAAAACAUGGAGUAGAAAGUUUAGACUCCAUAAAAUCCUGUCCUCUCCUGUCUGGAAGCUGCUCACAAUCAGCCGGAGAGGAAAACUGAUGGUACUUAACAAACUGUCCAGAUUUAAUGGAGAAAUGUUUUUAUUAUUAUUAUUAUUAUUAUUAUUAUUAUUAUUAUUAUUAUUAUUAUUAUUAUUAUUAUUAUUAUUAUUUUCCAGUGAAUUUGUUGAAUACUGAAUAAUUUAAACUAAUAUCUGCUGAGUCCCAGAUGGACUUUUGGUUUAUUUUGUUUGUUUCUUUGCUUCACUGCAAAAGUCUUUAAUUUAAAGGAGAAAUGACAGAUUUUUGUUGUUUGUUGUUUUGCUAGCUUGUACAUACUUGCUCUCUGUGUCCUACAGCACUUUUCUCUCCUCAAACCUCCCGACUCUCACUGUUUUUUACCCAGGAAGCAACUCGCUGCUUAAUUUAUGCAUCCAUUUUUCUUUGAGCACCAGGAAUUACCUCAGAUCACACCUGCCGACUCCGCUCUCGGGUCCUCGACUUUCCCAAACGGAAACCAGUUUACUCCGACUCCCCCACUGCAGAAACAAAGCAUUUCAGCGACUCGCUGACCUCUAAACUUUUCCUUUUCUCUGCGCGGGUUCGUUGGCGUGCUGCUGUAAAUAACCAGUUUAUCUUGAAAACUUGAAGAAUCGGAGCUGAAGCCGGCGGGAGUGUGAUAGUUUUGUCCUUAAAUUGCGUGUAUGUGGCGUGUGUGUGUAGAGGGGAUGGAGUGGGAGGUGUGUCUCCUCUCUUUACAAACGUACACCUCAGCAUCUUUGGGUUAAAUAUACCUCCUCCCUGCCAUCCUCUCCAUCUCAUGGACCUAAACUUCCUCCUCUUGGUCUCCAGAUGAGGAUUCCUCUCUCUUUCUGUGUUUUGUCUUUUUAAACUCUGAAAUGGCCAUUACUAUUGUUGUUACUGUUAUUAUUAUUGUUAUUAUUAUUACUACUAUGAUAAUUAUAUGAACUUUCAUGUCGCUGCUGCUAUUGAGAAACCGGACCUUCUGCCACAGACCUGAAACCUCAACCCGGCCAGGCGUGGCGACCCGGCCGAAUGACCGACCUGCUGCCUCGACCGCGUACCAUAACCAAACCACCGGGACUCUGUUAGCUUAUCACCUCCGUCUCACACCGGCUGGUCGCCUCUUUGUUGCUUCAUAGGGCUUUCUCCAUGUUGUCUUUGUGACUUUCUAACUGUGAAUCUCAGUUGUUUUGCCUUGUUUUCUUAUUAUUUCAAUAUUUCCAUCCUUCAGGGGUGCGGUAAGGGAUGUGUUAGAGCUGAAUUACACCAGAUUCUUGACGACCAAAACAUUGAUUAUAAACUGUUCUUUUCGGGAAAGGUCUGAUUUGGACAUGAAUUGGUCACAGAUAGAUCAGAGAUGGGGAUAAAAAAAUUGGUUUGGUUUGUAACUAGUAGGAACAUCUAAAACAGACAAAACUCAGAAUGGAAAACAUGUGAAAGAAACAGUUGGGGGCUUGUCCGGGAUGUGAUCCUCUCUUGAAAAAUAUGCAAAAGCAACAUUUUGAAUCAUCACAUGUGGAGGAUUCUGGUUGAGGCUUUGGCUGUAUGCUUUUUAGGAUUCACAUCGGUUGCAACAUCUGGUAACUAUCAAGGUUUGGAUUCCCACCAAACCAGUACUAGUGCUUUCUUUAAACCAGUCUUUGUCCGAUUCUGCUAAUAAGAAACUGGUUCUGAUGAUGUUUUGAUUUUAAAAAUGCUUGUUGGUAUUGUAAAAAAACAUUUAUAAAUGCAACAAAGGGACAUAAUCACAUAGCCAUGAGUCUCUGUUGCACAAAACAAACGUUUACCUUGGUCUAAGCCAAAAUCUGUGAAGUCUUCAAAGCUUCUAGUCAUUCCUCUCAAGAUGGCGCCGCUUCUGUCCUCUGGUGCUUGAUCUCAGAUCCCCGUCACUGGGCCGCAUGUGGACCAAAUGAUGUCUAAUUUGAACCAUUCCUGGGUGUUGAUAGCAGCUUUUUGUCAGUGAGUUUGAUUGUCUUUGAGGCUGCAGCUGCUUGGUGUAGCUAAAAUGGGAAACAGGCUCUUAUUCAAAACAUCUAAAGCUAAUUGAUUAACUCACGUUUGAUUAAGCCAUAAAAGAGUUGCUGUUUCAGCUUGUUCUGCCCAAAAAUACUUGGUCAGAUCUGGUAAAGAGGAUUCUUUUGGAAUAAUUUGCAACAUUAGCAACAAGCCACUUAAGUUUUCAUAUGCAAACUUGAAUUUAUUUUUUGGUUUAGACGUUGUUGGAGAUUGUUGAAUUUAGCAAGAGAUGCUUUCAGCUACAGCUGAACUUUUCACUCAAUUUUUGCUCAAUGAGCCAAACAUUAGUGAUCUAUGGUGUUAAAGGGAAGGCCUAUGGUUGUAUGAGGACAUGCAUGUUGUUGUUGAAAUGCAUUUGAUAAUCAGAAUAUGUUUGCCAUUUUUUUCCAGUCAUGUGACAGGCUGCAAACAGUGACAGGAAAAACUUAAUUUAGACCUCCUUUAUGUAGAAUUUCAAAUGAUUAUUUUCACAAGAGAGAAGGAUUCUGUUUUUGUGCUAUUAUUGCUGAAUGGAAAACAUGAGAGAGAAACAGUUGGGGGCUCGUCCGGGAUGUGGACCUGUCUCGAAAAAUAUGCAAAAGUAAGAUCAGGUUGGAAGGAUAGAGAGCAAGAAAGAAGCAUGCCUUUAGUUCAGACAUGUUGCACUGCAAAUGUUUUUCAUUAGGUUUGCAGAAGACAUGAACAGCUACAUUUUAGUGAGUUUGAGUAAAAUGGUCAUUUUAAAAAGAUUUUUGCAUAACCUGAUGGUCACACUUAGAAUAGAGUAGUUGGAUAAAUAUUUUUGCUACUUUGCACUGGAUGAAGAAUUAGAUACUGAAGAAAUGUUGGACAUUAGAUGGAGGUCUACAUGGUAGAAGAUCAGCCCACAUGAUGCUACUGCCAUCAUGGGUUUUCAAACUGUUUCAGGUUGUUUCCAUAACAAACUCUUGUUUUUUGGGUCUAAAAUCUGAAUAAAGUUCAGCUGAACUGGCCUGGUAUUUAUUGACACAUGGUUGAUUGGUCUUUGCUGUAGGUGGAAGGAAAUUUGUUUUGUUUUAGUCCAUCGGACUAAAUUUCUUAGAUAGAUAUCUGUAGGGUCUUGAUAAAGUCUGAAUCUAAAUGAUGGUUAGGAUAAAGUUCUCCUGCAACUGCAUGUCCCCAUCCUCAAUCAACGGCCCUGAUUUCCUGCUACCAUCGGCAUAAACCACCAGAAGUUUGCUAGAACUUAAAACCCUUUAGAAACUCUCACCAAGAGAGAAAAUGUAGGUCUGAGAACCAAGCAGCCGCCUGUUAGCAGUUUAUAAUCUUGUGCAAGUCAUUCAAGUAGGUUUACAACAAAACCAGACAUCCACAGUGCUGCACCCCACCUCUCCAAUCGGAAAUGAUUACAUAAAUAAUAAUUAAAACACCAACAAACUGUGUAAAAUACAACAUAACUAAUAGCAAAGGACAAUCGAUAGAAAGGUGGAGCCAUAAUCAAAGCGUUUCCUCCAGGUGUUUCCGACUCCGGUGGCAAACAGCCAACACAUUUCUAUUGGAUUUUUACUUUUUAAUACAACUUUUGUUAUAAAGGUUUCUUUAAGUAUGUUUUGUAGGGUGGUACAAGGUAUUUUAUCCCCCAACUCUCAGAUCCAACACAGUACAUUCCAAACAUUGGCCUGACCGGCAUCAUGUCUUUUAUCAGAGGUUAAAAUAACUCGAGCCAAACUGCGUGACUCUUAAUGCUCUGCAGGAACUUCUUAGCCUGUUAAAAAUCAGCCAAUCAAGACAGGUCUCUUCUAUUGUCCGUGUCCUACCCACGGUCAAAAUCCUUCAUGAUUUUGUGAUGGAGCACAAAUGUGAUGUGCUCCAUCACAUGAAAUGAGUAUCCCAGUUAGUCCUUAAUAUUCACCAAAUGAUGGCGCCAAAACACUGCUAAGACCCUAAAAUACUCAAGAAGAGGCUUUAGAUCUCACUAGGACUUUACCAAGACCCUAGAGACCUUUCACAAACCCUGCUAAGAUCCUAAACUCUUCAACAAGAUGCUAAAGACUAGAUACCUUACCACAACCCUUGUAAGUUAUUAAAGUCCUAAUCAAGAUGCUACAAAUCUCAGUAAGACUUUACCAAGACCCUAAAGACCUUGCUAAUACCAAGAAGACCUUACAAACACCCUGCUAGGACCCUAAAGUUCUCAACAAGAUGCUAAAGAUGUUACUAAGACAGUAACAAAGUACCUGACCAGGACCCUCCUGAGACCCUAAAGUCCUGAACGAGAUGCUAAAAAUGAAGACUUCAUCAACACCCUGCUAAUAUCCGGCAAACACUUCCUGAAAGUAUUUUGUCCAAGUAUGAUUGUCAACCAAUGUAAAGAAAGUCUGAGAGAGAAAACAUUUAGUUGUAAAAUUUUGCUUGCUAACAACUUAUGUUAGUAUAAAUGCACAGAAUUUCAUUCAGGAAAACCCAACAAUCAGCAUUUGGAAAACUGAUCUAUUAAGAAAUACUUUCAAAUUAAUGAUGAAACUUUUGGUUCUGAUUAUUAGAAGUAAUGAAUCUAAAGUAGUACUCAGUAUUAGAGAUGAACCAAACAGCCAGAAAUGUGAACACCUCGGUUUGGACCGGGAUAAAGAACAUGAUGCCGGUUCUGUUCUGUCAGAUGGUCAACAAAAAUUUAAAGAAUCCUCUCAGCCUGUUUUUGGAGGAUGUACGUUUUUCUUUCUCCUCCUGACUUUGUACCGGCAAACAGCCAACACAUUUCUAUCGUCUUGCUUUCUUCUGCCAGGCCUUCGUACCUCCAGUGAAACCAAUGUGAAACCUGCAUUCCCCUCAUUUGACUCAGUGGAAGUGUGAUGUUUACAUGUACAGAUUUUUGCAGAGCUCCUUGGCUUGGAUCUUUUUUGCGUUUUUUGUUUGCUUCCCUCCUCCUCCGUUCAUCUCUGUCCGUCUUUUACAGCGAAGGGAAAGGCGACGGGUUUUGAAACGCCGCCGUUAGCAUUUUGAGCGGUGGAAGCUGAUGUCAGCGCGGCGUCGCGGUUCUGGCUGUGGUUGAAACCUGGGUUGGUUUGUCUCCGAUUGUGGGCACAGAAUCACAGUGACCCUCCGCUGGUAACCGAGUCCAGAGGAGAGGACGAGUUCCUCAGCGAAUGAUAAGCCAUUACUGACCGCGAGUGUCGGGUCUUUUAGUCUAUUAGUGUAUUUAGCAGAACUUAAAGAAAAACUCAACCUCAGGAAAACAUGUUUUUGUAAAAACAAACCCCUCUGAAGGCCCAUUUCCCUGCCUCUUCUUUGAUACCAUAUAAAUUAUAUCAAAAGUUCUUUUUAUAUUUACUGUUUACUAUAUUUACCAGUGGAAACAUUUUUUCCAGUACCUGCGCUUGAAUUUUGGUCUUAACACACAAGAAGGGGAAAAAAGACAAAAAAAAAAACAAACAAACUGGGGUGUUUUAUUUCUGUUAACUGCCUGGGAGAGGUUUGUUUUUCCCAGAAAUGAGAACAUAUCACUCUGGUCCAUGAUGGGGAAAAAAGAUCAGUGGUUUAAAAAAAGAAACUUUUCUUUGUGUGAUGUCAUUGCUGAAGCUGAAAUGUUUCUGGACUUGAAAGAUUUGUGACUAUUUAAGUUUGUUGAUUUGUUUUCUGUUUCCUCCUGAGCUGUACGUCACAAAGCUAAAUAUACUAAUAAAACAGUGUGCUAAUUAUGGAAA